GUUUCUCGUAAAUGUGUCCAAAUUCCUAGUGUAAUUUUUUCAUACAUCUAUUCUUCAAAAUUUGGCCUACUUCAACCACGUUAACUUACGUCAAAGACUGUGUUUUCGGCCACCACUGAAAAAAACAUAAGAAACCAUGGCUAACCAACCGGAAGACAAGAUGGCGCGGGCGAUCUUCAGGCGCGGGGACCUGCACGAGACCACGCCUCCCGGCAAGGUGGCCGUCAUCGGCUGUGGCCACGUCGGCGCCGCCAUCGCCUACGCCCUCUGCAUCGAGAACCUGUGCAGCGAGGUGGCGCUGGUGGACGUGGACGAGAAGAAGCUGCAGGGAGAGCUGACUGACCUGCAGCACGCCGCGGCCUGGGCGGAGACCUGCAUCAGCGGCGACACCAGCCUGGACGUCACCAAGGGCUCCAAGCUGUGCGUGGUGACGGCGACGGCGCCGCACGACGAGGACAACCUCCUGGAGAAGAACGUGGCCAUCUUCAAGGAGCUGAUCCCGCAGCUGGUGCAGCUGUGCCCCAACUGCCUCCUGCUGGUCGUCACCAACCCCGUGGAGACGAUGACGUACGUGGCGUGGAAGCUGAGCGGGCUGCCCGAGAGCCGCGUGCUGGGCGCCGGCACGGUGCUGGACUCGGCGCGCUUCCGCUGGGGGCUGGCGCGGCGCCUGGGCGUGCACCCCAGCGCCGUGCGGGCCGGCGUGUCGGGCGCGCACGAGGACAUCCUGGUGUUCAACUGGUGCGGGGUCCACGUGUCGGGCACCCCGCUGCUCGCAGUCAAGAAGGACAUUUGCAAGGAGGAGAACACCUUCACCAACGAGAUCAAGCAGGCCUCGAAAGACAUCGUCAGCGGGAAGGGCUACGUCUCGUGGGGGGUGGCGCUGGGCGUGGCGGCUAUCUGCAGGGCACUGCUGCUCAACACCCUGGAGAUACUGCCCGUGGCGACCUACGUGAAGGGCUGCCGCCACAGCUCGGACCGCAGCGACGUGUUCCUGUCCAUGGCGAGCGUGCUGUGCGAGAACGGCGUGCACUCGGUGGUGAAGUCGCAGCUCACCACCAACGAGCGGUACGCCAUCAUCGACGUGGCCAAGCAGCAGCUGUCCGCGCAGGCAGACACGGGCGUGUAGCGGCCCGCAACCCGCACCUCACCCCACAGCAAUAAAGAACUGUCCUUCACUCCUGGCUUCCA